GAAAAAAAAAAAUUAAAACUUGAAUGAAAAAUGUCGUCUUUUGCGUGCAGUGCUGUUUGACAAGUGUUAAAUUAAUUUCAACAGUUUUUAUCGGCAAAUUUCAUGAAUAAUGUGAAUUCUCGUAGUGUGGACUAUUUCUCUCGUUAAAUCAUUGGCGGCAGUGGAACUAAACCUACAAUUUGUUUUGGAGUAAUUUUGCAUUGUGUUUUGCGGAACGGAUGGACGCUUGUGUCACGCUUAUUUUGCUGUCGCUCUGGGACUUGUGGGGAAUACCAAGUGAUAGUGAUCGAUGGCUGAUUGAGGAUUUCCGUGGUAUAAUUACCCCUUGCUAGCGUGUUAACCCGCGCUUUCUGGUGACUCAUAGUUUGGUAGCCAUGGACACCGAUGAUGGAGAAUCGUCUAGCAGUGGACCUAUGUCGAGCCUCAACAGCUUGUUUUCCUUUACAAGUCCAGCUGUGAAGAAAUUACUGGGCUGGAAACAGGGUGAUGAAGAAGAGAAAUGGGCGGAGAAGGCGGUGGACAGUCUUGUGAAGAAACUGAAGAAACGGAAAGGCGCCAUUGAGGAGUUGGAGCGAGCGCUGUCGUGUCCCGGGACUCCGUCAAAAUGUGUUACGAUACCGCGCUCCUUGGACGGAAGGUUACAGGUAUCACAUCGCAAAGGCCUGCCGCACGUCAUCUACUGCCGCGUGUGGCGGUGGCCCGACCUCCAGAGCCACCACGAGCUGAAACCCUUGGAAAUCUGCCAGUACCCAUUCAGCGCCAAACAAAAAGAGGUCUGCAUCAACCCGUACCACUACAAACGAGUGGAAAGCCCCGUACUCCCACCAGUCCUGGUUCCCAGGCACUCUGAGUUCGCCCCUGGCCAUUCUCUGCUGCCGUUCCAGAGAGCGGCGGAGCCGGCGAUGCCGCACAACGUGUCGUACUCGGGCGCGGGGUUCCCGCCGGCCGCGGCCGCCGCCGAGCUGCCCGGGACUCCGCCCCCCGCCUACUCGCCCUCCGAGGACGACUCCGAGCCCCCCGGAGAAGUAGCUCCGGUUUCUUACCAAGAACCCUUGUAUUGGGCUUCUGUGGCGUAUUACGAGUUAAAUUGUAGAGUCGGUGAAAUUUUCCAUUGCAACUCCCAUUCGGUGGUCGUGGAUGGAUUCACAGAUCCGUCGAAUAAUAGCGACAGAUUCUGUCUAGGACAACUGAGUAAUGUCAAUAGGAAUUCUACAAUAGAGAACACGCGACGUCACAUAGGAAAAGGGGUGCAUUUGUAUUACGUGGGGGGCGAAGUGUACGCCGAAUGCUUGUCAGACGCGGCGAUAUUUGUCCAGAGCCGAAAUUGCAAUCACCACCACGGCUUCCACCCGUCAACGGUCUGCAAGAUACCACCGGGGUGUUCGCUGAAGAUUUUCAACAACAGGGAGUUCGCUCAGUUGCUUUCUCAAAGCGUGAAUCAUGGUUUCGAAGCAGUGUAUGAGUUGACAAAGAUGUGUACUAUUAGAAUGUCGUUCGUCAAAGGUUGGGGGGCGGAGUAUCAUCGACAGGAUGUGACGUCGACGCCAUGUUGGAUCGAAAUCCAUCUCCACGGUCCAUUGCAGUGGUUGGAUAAAGUCCUGACCCAGAUGGGCUCGCCCCACAACGCUAUUUCGUCUGUCUCUUAACCGCUUCCGCCAAAACGUAUCCCGCCGUCUGUAUUACGGUAUGGUACAAUCUCAUUGUGUUGCAUUUGUAAAUCAAUAAAUUCAGUGAAUUUUUUUGCUUAGAUUUCUUUUGUGAAAUUGUCUAUGGCAUAUUGUGCCAUACAAAGAUUGCUAUGGUUUCGGAGAAUUGGGUGAUGUAUCACAUAGGACCUGUCGCCCGUCUGGCGCUUGCGCUGACGUCCCCAAUCACGAAAUAAUAUGCGUUUAUUUCCUUAUUGCAAUCGUUAAUUAACUUCGUUUCGUCAAUAUUUCUCCGCAAAACAUACAAUUUACCCUCCAAAUUUAUAUAAGUACUUGGCAUUUUAAAAAUAUUUAUUUUUGACAGUAAAAAAAGAUUGUAAUCUCCCACCGAAUGACCUAUCAACCAGUUUCAAUUAAAUCAAUAAAUAUAAUUAUACAUUAAUAUUGAAACAACAUAUAUUAAGACUGUGGAUUGCGUCGUACAUAUUACAAAAGUUUUUCAUAUGUAACAUAUUCCCUCUACCCAUAACUGCGAUUUGUGUGAUUUCUCCUGAAAGGGACGGAAAUUUGUAAUAGGCUCGCGUCAUUUUGGCUAUCGACGCGCGUUGGCUUAUUACUAAAGUGAUUUAUGUGGCCGUCCAAAUCAAAAGGGACCUUAUGGCGGCUGGCAUUUAGCUCUUUAUUGCCGCUGUUCGAAUACAAAACAACGGCAAUAAUGGCGAAAGCGCCGGGCGCCAUAAGGUCUCUUUUGAUUUGUACGGCCACAUAUCAGAAGUUACACGUAACAAACUAAAGAUUGCUGGGCGUGUGCUGCUCGAUUUGUUUUUAUUUUAGUCUAUAGGUAAAUACCCAGCAUACGUUACGAACUGUCUGAAAUAAAUAUUACGUAUGUUUUGCUGUUUUUUCUUUAAAUACCAAGCAUUGAUUUGGAAUGCAGCUCAAAUCCAUGUUAAUAAGAUGUUUAUUGUAAUUAUUAUAAAGACAUAAUUUUAAUAUUAAUUAUACUCGCGAAUGUAUGACAAAUUAAGUUAAUUUAACUGGUGUAAAUAGAUUUUAUGUGUUUGGGACUUUUUGUUGCACAAACUUGUCCAUCUUUUGGCAUAUGUCCAAAAUAUUAAUGCGUAUAUUGGAUAAUUUUAUUUAUAGAUAUUACGCAUUCACAGGAUUUCAUAAACAGGGUUACUGGUCUAACGCAUAACCUUCCAAAGACGCAUAAGGUACAUAGAGACUAACAUCUUUUGUUCUACGACUUUUGUCUAAACGUAGUAAAUACAAAACUGUUUUUUAGUAUCAAUGUCGUUUCUAUAAAACGUUAACUGUAUGUUUGAUUCCGCUACAUAACGCUACUGUACUGUCUCGUGUUGUUUGGCUAUUACAUAGUGUUAAGAUGUGUACAAUCGCAAAUUAGAUUGUUUUUUUGUUAUAUGAAAAAAAAAACUACGAUUCACGGAAAAGUCAUAGAUUAAAAGUUGCUUGUUUUGAUGUCCCCAAGUAGUCUUUAGGAGGUUUAGCGUUUGAUACCAGUAACCUUGUAUAUAAAGAUUUUUUUCUUUCUAAAUAUAUGGGCGAUUCUAUAAGUUUCUAAAUAAAAAGUCAUUAAGAUACACAUUUUGAUUUUGUUUAUUACAAUUCAAUUGAGCAAAGAUUAUCAAUUUCAAUUUGCAUUUGAUGAUAGUAUCAAUACAUACAUAUAAAGAUAUAUAAUGCUAUAUGUUCUAUAUGCUGUAUGCUUACAUGAGAAUGCAAUUUUUUAAUAAUUUAAAAUUUGUGAUUUAAUGAUAAUGGAGUGUAUUAGAUGUUUCCGCUCACGGCAAAAAUGUAUUGACUGCGUUUAUCAUACAAACUUUCAUCCCUAUUUCUGGUCCUGAGUGUACAAAUUUGAAAAAAAAAUUGCCUAGAUGUUUGAACUCGGGUCUUUAAUUGUAUUACACACCAAAUAUCAUCAAAAUCGGUUCAGCGGUUUAAGCCGUGAAAGCGUGACAGACAGACGCAUUUAUUAUAUUAAUCAUUAGUUACAAUUGUUAAUACUAAACAAUAUUAAGCAGGGAUAUAUUAACACAAUGUCUUGAAUUGUUAAUAUAAAUUAUUUUCCUGCAUUUUAAAGCCAAAAUCGUGAGAGAAAAACAAAUUUGAUGUAAAUUCUGAAUCUAGAAAGUUGUCAUUAUAAAAUCGGUUGACAAACGGCGAAAGUUAUAUUUGCAUGAUAAGUUUUACAAAGGUAAACCCUUUUAGAUAAGAAUAUGUGUUCUUUUUACUAUGUUUAGUUUUAUAUAUCUAUAUGAUAAGUAUAAAUGUACUCUAAUUGUAGGCACCGAAUGAUGACGCCGACGCGCUUUAGUAAAUGUUUUAUAAAAUUGGUUGAUUGUACAAUGUUUUUCGUUUAUUUUCUGUAUUAGUAUUAAAAACGAGCUAAUGGCAUAAUUAUUUGGUGCCGAUUUCCUUUACUUAUAAUUAAAUCGUGCCAUCAUGAAAAUCGCAUAAAUUGUUUUCAUGUAAAAAGUUUUUGUAUUUCGACAUUUUUGUAGAACUUAAAAACUAUUCGUUUUAUUAUUUUAAUAUAUUGAUUGACUACGGAAUCUACGAGGAUAGAUUUGGCCGACUUAAUCGAUCGAUUGUGUCUUAAAUUGUACCAAAUUGGGACGACGUACAGAACAAAAGAUGAAUUUGAUCUCAAAAUAUUGUAUAAGAAUCAUUUAGUUCCUCGCACGAGUGACUGCUGCCCAUCGCCUUAUAUAGUGCAAUUGAUAUAUAUAUAUAUAUACGAAUAUAUAUUGAAUAUAUGAAAACUUGAAUAUGCUAAAACAGAUAUAGCAGUAGUAUUGUUAUAGAAACGGUAUUCUUAUUUUUGUACGGGGAAAAUGUUUAAAAUACCACCUGGACCUGUUUCACAACUUGCCGAUAGAGUGUCUUAAACCUGAGUAACUAAGUAUAACUGAGUAAAAAAUUAAUUGAGUGUUGGAUAGGGCUAACUGGCAAAUUACUUCAGACAGAUUCAUUUGGCAGUUAGUUUUAUCUGUCGGUUUACAAUAUAUUUUAUUAGACAGUGAUAAAACACGCACUUAAUAUCUUAUUAUACACUAACAAAAUAUUCAGUUUGGAUCCGAGGCGAUUUUCCCCGAAAUUUGUACAAAUUAUAGAACCAAAUAACAGAUCUUGUACAGCAAAAAAAAAAUCAAACCAAUAUAUAUUUUUUUAUGAUUUUAGAGCAUAGUCAUUAAAUUACUUUAGCAAGAUUUGAUUCUGUCUACCAACUGCUGUUAAUUAAAUACAACAUAUAUGAAUAUUUACACAACUAUACAAUUUUGUAUGGCCCCUUGCAUGUGCCUAUAUUUUUAAUAUAAUACCGUCCAGAGUCUGCGUGGUUUUGACAAAAAUGCCAACGCUUAUAUGAACCGUUUUUACUAUUUACUAAUUGUAUAAAUAUAUUUGUAACAAUUGCAAAUUCUUCAUUCUUGUCUCAAUGUAAAUCAAUAUGGCAGAUAUUGUGAUUUGCCUCGUAAUUGCUGUUGUAUUUAAAAAUAUAAUAGCGAAAUAUUUAAAAUAAUAACAUCUACGCAGACACGCAUUAUUAUACAAUGUAAAAGUUGUAAUUAAAAAAAAUGUUUAUUUUUGUGAGUACUACGUAUUCAGUGCCUUUUGUAAUCGAACGAGAAAUGCCUUAGUUCUUCAAUAAUUUCUUUUUUACACAAAUAGAGUAUUGUAUUUACGAUUUUGCACCUUUUAUCGUAUUAUUUGACCACAAAAUCGUGCCUAAUAGUGUAAUGUGCACCAAACGUAUGCCUUAUGAUUUAAAUAUAAAAUGCGUAGGUUUUAAUAUGCUAUUUAAUGUUAAGGAAUAAUAUUAUACAGGUAUAAAUCUUAUACCAGCGUGUAUACAGUCUAUCAAAGUGAAGAAAAUAUAUAAAAGCGCUGUCUCCCGUUGGCUGGCAACACUAGGUGUUUGUCUAUUUGGUAUUGCAAUGCCAAAAAAAGGUAGUUCGUCAUAAAACUAUAUUCUUCACUUUCUCGACAGGCUGUGACAUAAUUAUAAUUAUUAUAAUCGUAUAUUUUGACGUCAUAUUGUUGACCAAUUUGAUAAAAUAAAUAUUGGAAGUAAAAAUACGCUUUCUAAUUUAUAAUAAUAUGUGUGAUUGUUAAAAUUAAAUAAAUCUGUUCUCUCAUCGUGUGAAGGUGAAUGUGCAAUCGUAUUUGGUCUUGUCUAGAACAUUUUGCGACGAUACUAUAUUUUAUAACAUGUACGUUAUAUAGGUCCAACCAAACCCAAAAGAUUACACAAGCUUGUGUGCAAGAAUGUCAGAAAAAAAGAAACGUCAAGUUUUUGCGUUAAAUUCAUGAUUUAAUAGAAACCUACAUACAUUGUAUACAUGUUAUUACAUUGAAAUACUCAAUACUACAUACAGGCAGGGUAUUAGUAGUAAAUAUAUAGCAUUAUUAAAACCUAUGCAUUAAGAGUUUAUAUAAUUAUUAAAAUUAAGAUUAUUUUAAACUAAUUCGCAAAAUAAUCACUUUCACGGACGCUCUACCAGACAAUAGAUUAUAUUAUAGUUGUUAUCCAUAGAAUUUGAUAUUAGACCAGGGUGUGACGGUGAGUAGAUGAGCAAAUAAAUACACACAUAUUGUAUAUUCCGAGAAAAAAUACAUAUAAGAAAAUGGAACGAGAGCUCUUAUUGCGCUUGCAAUAUUCAUUUAUUGUUGUUUUGUAUUUUGACUGGACAGUAAUUGGUUUAAAAUAAUCUACACGCAAUUUAAACUAUUUUUAUGCUUAUGCCAUGUUAACUUUAAGGUUCGUUAUAGUUACAUUUGAUUUUCGGCAUACGCCAUUAUUCAGAAUCACUAGAUGUUGCCCGGGGCUUCGCUCCCGUGGGAAUUUUGAGACAAAAUAUAGCCUAUAAGCAAUCUUGGAUAAUGCACCUUUCUAAUGGUGAAAGAAUUUUUGAAAUCGGUUCGGUAGUUUCGGAGAUUCAACAUAUAAACUCACUUUGAUGAUUUUUAAAAUUAUUUCACCAUUGGAAUGGUACAUUAUCCAAGAUUGCUAUAGGUUAUAUUUUAUCUCAAAAUUCCCACGGGAACGAAGCUCCGGGCAACAUCUAGUGUUUUAUAUGAACACAGCACAUACGCAUGAUGCUCCGCAAGCAAUUAUUGUUUGUCUUUUUUUACAAAUUGUAACAAAGAAAAUAAUGUUAUUAUUUGGGAGAAAAUUAUUUUAUAAAUUUUUUUGUGAGUAGGUAAAUGUCUAAAUGCCUUAAAAAUAAAUGUAACUACAACAUGUAUAAAGCAUAUAUUCUGAACAAUGUUGUUAAGAUUAUGUAUUGUAUAUGGAAGUGUUUAUAGGUGUACGCGUGGCUUGCGUGUGAAGUGAUUGUUGUUUUGUUCUAAGAUGGUUUCGACUACACAAUUUGGUUUUGUAUUAUUGUCUUGAGCAUAGACAUCGAAAAAAUGUAUUUAUUUUUCUUUUGUGUCUAUGGUCUCGUAUAAAUUGUGAGAAUUUGAUGAAAACACAUCAAGAUUUACGGAUAACUUUUGAAAGAAUUGACAUACAUUCGCCUUUUUUGUAAUAAUUCUAAACGCCUAAUUAUGUGUACGAUAAACUCAUACAGACAGACGUAAAAGAGGGUCUUCAUUUUAUAAUGUGUAAGGAUUACGCAGCACCGAAUUGUGUAGAUGAGCAUGUACCGCCCUGUGAGAUGUGUCGCGAUGUCGGUUGAACUACAUUUGUACAAAGUGUCGUAUGUAGAUGAUAUUGUUACUGUAAGUUUUAGUGUAUGUACCUAUGUUUUCUCUCCGUUUAGUCAAUAAAGUUCUUUUAUUGAUA